AGCCUUCAUCCAUAGCGAAGUAGAAGCAUUAUCAUCACCACUACCAUCUUUACUAUCCUCUUCUUCAUACCAACGACUCCGGAAGUCAAAGCACACUACCAACCGGCACAUCCUUCCACCAAAAACGAAAUCAAAAUGCGAUCAAGCUUCUUCGUUACAGCCUUCGCCCUGGUGGCCGCUGUUGUCGCUACACCAACACCACAACGUGGGUCCAACCCCCCACCCGGCACCCCGGUCGCCGCAGGAGUCAGAGUCCCCAAGGGCACUUUCUGCACAACAACAAACGAUCCAGACGUCAUUGGUUGCAACACUGGCGAUGGCGGCACCUUCAACGUCAUCAAUGGAAAGAUCAGUGGCUGUGCUGGAUGCACCCCCGAGAAUGGGUUUGGAAAAUAAGGGAUGGAUGGGGUGUUUGGAGGAAGGGAGCAACGGAGGCGCCUUGUAGCAGCCAGUUUAUAUAGUCACUACGUCGGCCUUCUUGCAAUGAUCAUCUUUUUACUCGAACUCGAGGGAAGAACGAGUGAAAUUCGACGUUGGUUCAUGAUGAAUCCACAAUGUCAAGAUUCUCUCUGUAUCGAAAACAUACCAUUACCUUGACACAGUUUGGCGGAGUCCACGCCAACGCCUAACACUAACAAGAUAAUCCCUCUUCACGACACGGCAAGUGGAUAGAAAUCACGGCAUGACAACGAUACACACGGAUCCAA